UCUGCCCCUGGCAGCCAUUCCCUGGCUCCUAUUUCUGCCUCCCCAUGUAAAAAGUUCCUCUCCAGCCUUCUCAGAUCAAUGGUCCAGUAUCAGUCUGUAACUGGAAGAUUUCAGAGGUCUGGAUGAGGUUUCUUAAACUGCCCACAGACAGACCCAAAGCCACAGAUCCAAAGAAUCGUGGAAUGGUUUGGGUUGGAUAAUCACCAGUUCCAGCUCCCUGCUGUGGGCAGGGACACAUUCUACCAGACCAGGUUGCUCCAUCCAGCCUGUUCUGGAUGCCUGACACCUCAAGCAUCCCGGCUUUGCCUCUCUGAGCAUGGGAGCACAGCUUCCCUGGAGGCCUGGAAGGCAGGAGAGCAGCUGUGCAGGUGACAGCCAGAGUCCAGGUGUGCCUGUAGCCACACCUGGGCCCGGGGGAUGUUUCUGUGACACGGCAGGGUCCUGCUGUCCUUGUGCACAGCUUUUAAUUCCCAGCAGGGAGAGAUCACUGAAGGGCUCCCACGGCCAGAGCAGAGGAGCCUGCUCACAGCUGCAGCCCACCCUGGCAGCCCACACAGGCGUUCCUGGAACCCUGGAGCUGAGGAGGUGACCUCUGCUUCACUGCCACCAUCCCUGCAAGCGUCCCAGGCCCGGCUGGACUGGGCUUGGAGCAACCUGGGAUAGUGGAGGGUGCCUAUGGCACAUGGAACAAGAUGAGCUUUAAAGUCCUUUCCAGCCCAGACUACCCCAUGACUGUAAAGCCGUUCUCUGAGGGGUCUGUGCCUGUGGCAGGGAUGGGUGGGAUGUCCAUGCCUGUGGUGAACAGGCAGCCAGGGCCCAAGGAGAGGGAGAUAAGAGGUCCUGUGUCCUGGGCUGGCCUGUUAAGGGCUCACAGGGCUUUCCUCGAUGACACAGCUCAGUGCAGUGACCACUGCCCGGCCAGCCCCCGGCGGGGACCCCCGCCCAGCCCAGCCAAUGGCCCUGCUGGAGGGGCCGGGCAGCGCCGGGACAGGGGAUAAAAACCCAGCAGGGUCUGGGCUCAGCUCCAGGCUCUGUGUCCAGCCCAGCAAAGCCAGCACCAUGGUGCACUGGUCAGCCGAGGAGAAGCAGCUCAUCACCAGCGUCUGGGCCAAGCUCAGCGUGGAGGAGUGCGGUGCCGAGGCUCUGGCCAGGCUGCUGAUCGUCUACCCCUGGACCCAGAGGUUCUUCUCUAACUUCGGGAACCUGUCCAGCCCCACGGCCAUCCUUGGUAACCCCAAAGUCCGUGCCCACGGCAAGAAGGUGCUCACCUCCUUCGGGGAGGCCAUCAAGAACCUGGACAACCUCAAGGGCACCUUCUCCAAGCUGUCUGAGCUGCACUGCGACAAGCUGCACGUGGACCCCGAGAACUUCAGGCUCCUGGGGGACAUCCUGGUCAUCGUCCUGGCCACACACCUCGCCAAGGACUUCACCCCCGCCUGCCAGGCCACGUGGCAGAAGCUGGUCGGGGUGGUGGCCCAUGCCCUGGCCCACAAGUACCACUAAAGCCUCGGGAGGCAUCUGUGUCUGUGACAGGCAAUAAAAAAUACAUUUUCUGCAA